CAUUCUAGUUUGGCAACUUUCGUUUUUCUUGCAUAAGUUGAAGCUUGGCACAUUCAAAGUUCAUUAGGUAUCUGGCUGAACAUUGAAGAAGUGCUUAAUAAUCAUGCAGUGUCCGUUUCUUAACCGUUUCAACGCGAAUUACUUACGUAGUUACACUGAGGUCUUGUAUCAAUCCUAUGGUGCAUUUUGUCCUGUAGUUGGCAAAACAAUUAAUAAUGCUACUGAGAAAAAACUUUCUCUUACAACGACGACGGCAAGAAACGCAGUGCAAUUUUCGUCGGUGGCUACAAGGUCAUACUCGACAAAAAACGGCAGUAGCAACGGUGACCAUGGCAACACAACUGCCACAGCAGCUGCCAACAUUAGUCAGCCAAAGUCGACGUUUCAAUAUGAAAAGUUCUUUAAUGAACAGAUUUUGAAAAAGAAACGCGAUCAUUCGUAUCGCGUGUUCAAGCGUGUGAAUCGUUUGGCUGGAGAUGGUCUCUUUCCUCAUGCUCUCGAAUAUUCUGCCCAGUCGGAGCGACCGAUUACCGUCUGGUGUUCUAAUGACUACUUAGGCAUGUCUGCCCACCCUAAUGUGAAGCGAAAAGUAAAGGAGGCCUUGGAAAUGCAUGGAUCGGGAGCGGGAGGUACGCGAAAUAUUUCGGGUAAUUCGUUGCAUCAUGAACGUCUUGAGAGAAAGCUCGCCGAGCUGCACGAAAAAGAGGCUGCUCUCUUGUUCACCUCGUGCUUUGUGGCGAAUGAUUCUACGUUGUUUACGCUAGCGAAACUGCUGCCCAACUGUCACAUCUUUUCGGAUGCUGGCAAUCAUGCCUCAAUGAUUCAAGGCAUACGUAAUAGUGGCGUGCCCAAGCACAUCUUUCGGCACAACGAUGUCGAGCAUUUGCGAGAGUUGUUGCAGAAAGUCGACAAAGCCACACCAAAGAUUGUUGCAUUUGAAACGGUGCAUUCCAUGACAGGUGCCAUUUGUCCACUCGAAGAACUGCUUGACGUGGCGCACGAAUAUGGCGCUAUAACAUUCAUCGAUGAAGUACAUGCUGUCGGCCUCUAUGGUGACCAUGGUGCUGGAGUUGGUGAGCGCGAUGGUGUGCUGGACAAAAUGGACAUCAUCUCUGGUACUCUGGGCAAGGCAUUUGGCAACAUUGGUGGCUAUAUCGCUGGCUCAUCCAUGCUCAUUGACUUGAUACGUUCGUAUGCGGCUGGAUUCAUAUUUACCACGUCAUUGCCACCCACUGUGCUCUGUGGUGCACUGGAAGCAGUCACCAUACUGGCGUCCAUGGAGGGAAGACAACUUCGCAAUCUGCAUCAAAGGAAUGUCUCGUACCUUAAAAAUUUGUUGCUUCGAGAAGGUUUUCCGGUGGAAGACACACCCAGCCACAUUAUUCCUAUCAAAAUCGGUGAUCCACAGAAAUGUACGCAAAUCUCGAAUGUGCUAAUGGAUCAAUUUGGACACUAUUUGCAAGCUAUCAAUUACCCAACUGUUGCCCGCGGUCAGGAAAAACUUCGUCUAGCUCCAACUCCCUUUCAUACAUUUGAGAUGAUGAAUGUGCUCGUUACGGAUCUGAAGAAGGUUUGGGAAAUGCUUGAACUGUCGACCAACGUUCCACUUUCGCCCAAUGGUUGCAUGUUCUGCAACAGCGAGAGUUGCUGGCACAAAGAUCAUUCCCCUGAUCUUGAAUGUGGCAUUCCGAAUUGCCCCCGCUUGGAAAUAUCUGUGGCAGCUUAAAAAGCUCGUCCUAUCACAAAAAAAUAUUGCUUAUCUACUAAAAUUACUUCCACUAAAUUGGUGUAAUGUGCAUGACAAAGAGAAUAUUGGUAAUUGGUAAUCUAACACUGGUUGAAACUUAAUCAAAUGAAAUAUAUUUACGUGCAAUGUCA